AUGGGGAUGGAGUCGCGAUCCGGCGCGGAGCUGCCGCCCAUCGAUCUGGACAAGGGCCUCGCCUUCGCCUUCCUUUCUCUGCUCUGCCUCUUCCUGCUCAUCAUGAUCGUCAAGUGCGUCAAGGUGGUGCUCGACCCCUACAGCGAGAUGUCUACCUCCUCCUGGGAAGAGCAGAGGCUGGAGACGUGA